AUGGCUGUUGCACAAUUACUCUUAGACAACCCUCUCGUUCUCUACACCAUCCUCAUCCUGCUUCUCUCAGUUGCCGUGACGCAUUAUCGAGGGAGAUCACAGCAUGGCUCUUUGCCUCCAGGACCUCCUGGGGAGCCAAUCCUGGGCCACCUGCGCAUCAUCCCCACCGACAACCCAGAGUACUACUACAUGCGAGCAUCUCGAGAAUACCGGUCCGAUAUACUGUCGUUCAACGUUCUAGGCCAAUCCGUCAUCGUCCUCAAUUCCGUCCAGGCAGCUACCGACCUCCUCGACAAGCGCGGAGCCAAUUACUGUGACCGCCCCCGAUUCGUCUUAUUCGAGGUCAUGGGAUGGCACAAGACGCUCACUUUUCUACGAUGGGGCUCUUCGUUGAGAUUGCACCGCCGGAUACUGCAAAAGAACUUUCAGAAAAGCAACAUUGGCAGGUACCGCUACUUGCAGGAACGAGAAGCGGUGGUGCUACUCAGGGGAAUCAUGGACAGGCCAGCUGCGUGGGAAACAGUCCUUCGGCGCUUCUCCACGGCUGUCGCUCUGGGCGUGGGCUUUGGCAUCAAGAUCGAGACGGAUGACGACCCCCUCGUCCAAGUUGCUGCGGAUGCGAGCUAUGCGCUGGGACACGGAGGAGCUCCGGCCGGGACGCCAGUUGACUUCUUUCCAUUGAUGAGGUUCCUCCCCGGCUUUCUGCAUGAUCGAUCCCUCAGAUUUGCCAAUCAAUGGAGGUUUGCCAUUGUCAGCCUGCGCAACAAGCCCUACGAAGCAAUCAUGGCGUCCAAAGCCCGAGUGCAAUCGCUUGUGCAGGAUAUGCUCGACCAGCAGCGAAGCCAAGCCAAGCAAGGCCAAGCCCCUGAGAUCACCGAGGAGGACAUCAAGGGUGCCGGAGCGGCGGUGUUUGCAGCUGGUCAAGAUACCACCUGGAGCACAUUGGUCGUCUUCAUACUCAACAUGGUGCUGCAUCCCGAAGUCCAGAGCAAAGCCCAGCGCGAGUUGGACCAAGUGGUAGGGCGAGAUCGAUUACCUACCUUUGACGACAGGCCCAACCUGCGAUACAUUGACUUCAUUGUCCAAGAAACACUUCGAUGGUGUCCUGUGAGCCCGAUGGGAGUUCCCCAUCGUUCGUUGAAAGACGACGUUUAUGGCGACUUCUUCAUACCUGCGGGCUCAUUCGUAUAUGCCAAUGCUCGUGCCAUGACCCACGACGAAACGGUCUAUCAGAACCCCGAUGAUUUCGACCCUGAUCGCUAUGUUCCACUGGAGGAGGGUGGCCGAGGAGAGCCACUCCCAAGAGGGCAAUUUGGCUUUGGCAGAAGGAUAUGCAUCGGGAAGCACUUUGCAGAGGCCACUGUUUGGAUUGUGGUUGCCGUGAUGUUGAGCACCAUGCGCAUCGAGAGGGAAAAGGAUGCGGACGGAACAGAAAUCCUGCCAGUGGUUGAGUUGACGAAUGGCCUGACUAGUCAUCCCAAGAGCUUUCCUUGCCGGAUACGGGCCCGGGAUGAGAAGAGCGCUGCCGUCAUUCGGGACAAGCAGCUAGUAUCGUCGUCAUGA